GAAAAUGCAAAAAGAUGUACGCUACGAUCGGCAGAUUCGCCUGUGGGGUGAUGAGGGUCAGUCGCGCAUCGAGAAUGCCAGCAUCUGUGUGCUUGGCUCAUCGGCACUGGCCUGCGAAAUUAUGAAAAAUUUGGUGUUGGCUGGCAUCAGAUCGGUGCAGAUAGUCGAUGCGGCGCGAAUCGUUGCUCCCGAUUUUGGCAGUAAUUUCUUUCUGGAUGGUGAAAUCGGUGAGCCACGAGCGAAAGCUGUAGAGCUGAAUCCUUCUGUGGAAGUGGGAUUUGUUUUGCGGAGUGCCGAGGAUUUGAUUGCGGAGGAUGAUUUAAAAUUUUUAUUUCAAUUUACUGUUGUGGUUGGAAGCAAUCUGCAAGCUGAAGAUGCUGCGCAAAUUAGCGACUAUUUAUACAAGAGAAAUAUACCGUUCGUAUAUGCACGGGCAUACGGGUUGACUGGCUAUGUAAGAGUAUGUGUUCGAGAACAUACAAUUUUCAAUUCACAUGAGGAGAAUGUGGCACCGGAUUUGAGACUUGACCGUCCGUUUCCAGCACUGAUUGAUCUAGUGGAAGCAACAGAUCUUGAUGCAAUGGAUUAUGAAGCACACUCGCAUACGCCAUAUUUGAUCCUUUAUCUGAAAGCGCUUGAUUUAUGGCGUGAAAAAUACGGCAAAGAUGAUUUCCCGGACAACUACGCAAAGCGAAAAACAUUCGAAGAAGUGUUUAUGUCAUUACGGAAACCCAAUCCAGAUAAUGGUGCAUUGAUGGAGGAAAAUUUUAUGGAGGGACGUGCUGCAAUUGUUCGUUCGAUACACAGGACAACGGUACCUCGGGGUACAAAGCAAUUACUGGAACAGACAAAAGCCAGAACUCCAGAUUCCAUAUCCGGCAGUUUACCGGAUAUGAUUAGUGACACGGAACGCUACGUAGCUUUGGCAACGAAAUUCAAGCAAAAAGCCAACGAUGAUGCGAAUGAGGUACUGUUUCAUGCACGCGCACUCCUCGCGUACAUGGAUUUGCCGCAUGAUUUGAUCAAGUAUAGCGAUUGUCAACAGUUCUGCAAAGAUGCUGCCAUGAUGCGUAUACAGCACGGAACCAGCAUUGCUCAGGAAUCAGAAUCAUCCCUGGAGGACAUUUUUUGUGAUAUACGAAAUGCGGAUCUCACACCAAACACGGUAACGGGUGUUCCUCAGAUACCACCAGCUGUCUGGUAUAUAUUGCUACGUGCCAUUGACAGGUUCCAUUCCGAGAAAGCACGAUAUCCAGGAACAAAUGGUGUGCCUUGUGCUAUAGAUGCCUAUGAUCUUCGAGGGAGAGUGGUCAGUAUAAUUGUUGAUAGCCAAAUAAUCGAUAGAAGUGAAGUUGCCGAAAAGAUUCCACAGUCGGCUGUUGAGGAAAUGUGCCGUUAUGGUGCCGGGGAGCCGCACGUUAUAGCUGCGCUAAUUGGUGGCAUCGCUUCACAAGAGGUGAUCAAACUGGCCACGCAUCAAUACGUCCCGCUUGAUAAUACCCUGAUCUUUGAUGGCCAUACGCAGCAGUCACGAACAUACCGACUUUGAGU